CUGCUUCAAAAGUGGCUUGGGGUUUUUGUUAUGGGAGGAAAUGUUGUGUGAUUAUAAUAGCGGCAAGUACGAGCUGACGUUUGGCUCAGGGACCAGACUGUCUGUCCAGCCCUACAUUACUCCAUCUCCUUCAGUCUACAGGCUGACCUCUAAAGAUGAUGAGAAUGUGGAAAUGUGCCUUAUCACAGAUUAUUCCCCUGAAAAGCUUACUCUUAACUGGGCUGAUAAGGUGACAAAUACUGUUGUGGAGGUGACAACACCUGAGAACAAACAGGAAGCCAGCUACCUGUCAACCUACUGGGGCAAGAAAGAUGAAAUGCUGUGUGGUGCAAAUCACAAGGGAUUUGGAGCACUGGAGGGGGAAGAUCCUGAAAGUGGUUCCAGUGCUUUAUGUGUUACAGGAAUGUCUCUACAAUUCAGGACAGAUGAGAACCUGAACACGAUGUCUUUAUCACAGCUGGGUCUGAAAAUAACUUUAAUGAAAGGAAUAAUUUUUAAUGUCCUGAUGACGAUACUCGUGUGGAAAAAAAAGAAUGAAAGUAACUAGAUGGUGCAGUCCUGAAGUAUCAAAAAAGUCUGCUGAGGAACCUUUACCAGAGCACCAUCUGCAAGAGGGCACACAGGCAUUCCUAUUGAAAGAGAUAUCACUUGCUAUCUGUGUAUCAGCCAGUCAUUAUAAUCUAAAUUGCUUUAUUUGCAUUGUUCCAAAGCUACUCAAACCUAAGCUUAAAAUUUCCAGCAUUCUCCUCCCCCAGAUGCCUGAUUCAUUUAGCACGACAAUGCCUCUUUUUGCAUAAAGCACAGUUUGGCAUAACUAUAAAUUACCAAAUAUCACUCUUACCUACUGGUGUUAAAAUGACAUCCGAUUUCUGUUGUUUGGACGUGGUGUUUGUUGAAAUCUGCAAGUUAAAUAUUACCUGAAUGUGAAUUUUUCAUAUUUUGGUAGCUUUCAGGUAUGCACCUCUUAGGGUGCACACCCAAAGACACCGUUUCAGUUGCAACAGUUUGAAAAGCAAAGGGAGAGUUACUCGGGUCACCCAAAAGUCCUGAAUUCAAUGAACUUCUCACUUCAUUAUCACAGAACAAAAGAAUGAGGUUUAGUACUUUUUGGGGUCUAUCUGGCCUUAACAUUUUCUGAAUUUAAAUCAGCUGAAGAUUUGGCUUUGCAUUUAGUAAAAAUACAAACUACUUUUGUUCUUUUUCUUUAGUUCUAAUCUUUGACAUGGUCUGGUGGGAGGUGUCCCAUGCCCAUGGAACUAGAUGAUCUUGAGGUUCUUUCCAACCCAAACAUUCUAGGAUUCUAUGAUUUUAUGAUCUUGGAUUUCCCAAUGUAUUUUCAUAAUCAUUGCAUAAAACCACACUGAAAUAUUUUCCUGCCCAUGUCUGUGCUCCUUGGAAACACUGCAUGCAUGUAAAAAUCACAUGCUGCUAUUGGUUGAAUUGUAUUGGCAACCACAUUGAUGUCUGGCAUUUCUUUGGGCCUUUGGCUGCUAUUAAACAGUUCUUAUAAAAAAUAAGAAA